GCAACGAGAGAACGGCGCGCUAAAAGCGGAAAUGACGUAUCUUGUUGUUACCCAUCCUCCGUGCUGUCGUCAUUGGUGGCAUGGACGGGAAAACCAAUUGCCUGGCUACCGUUAACUUCGCGAGCGUCUCUGGAUUAUAACAUUUUCCCACCUUUGAAAUGGUUUGUACCGGGCUUUGAAUCAAUCUCGCAAAUAUUACUCACAUCUUGAGCAUUAAUCGUCUGCAAACAAACGGCCGCUUCUCGCGCUCUUGAGAGGAUUCCUACGUCAGCUAGCAAGUUUUGCUCCUGUAACGUUAAACAAAAUGGCGGACAAUGAAGACGAUAAUAAUUCAGCGUUCAAAUCUGCUGCAGCGAAAAUGGAAAACCUCGACGCGAGCGGGUCCCUGCCGCAACCCGAGACUACACAGACCGCAGCCGAAGCGGGAAAUAAUCAAGAAGACGCAAGCAAGACGCUGUCCACCACAGAAGGGGGCGUUGAUCAAGGCCUCGCUGAGUUAAUGCACAGCGAGUCGGCGGUGGAUGUCAGAGUUGUGGACGGUAACGUUACCCAGGAGGUGAUCGGGCAGAUCGUGAGCGGUGAGCUACUAACCGAUGCGAAUAUCAUAACGUCUUAUGUUCAGGCCACUGCAGAGGCAGGUGUGACUGCUGAGUGCACCACUGUUAGCGGGGAAGUCUUAAACGCUCUUGCGCCGACGACCACCAUCAUUUACGUGCAGCCCGACGGCAGCUUCGUGGAGAGCUCGGGCUUAUCGGCCGAGGAGCAGCAGCAGUUAAUCGAGCAGUUAACGGAACAACAAUUGGUCCAUGUGGCAGGUACUGAGACAGCUGUGAAACCCUCCACCUCCCCCAUAGUGGACGUACAGCAGGUUAUAGUGAGUAAAGCACAGGUGAUUGCCCAGGCCGAGCCGGCUGCGACCCUCACAACGACCCCAAAAAUACUACAGAGACCUGUCACGACGCAGCCGAUUUCCUACAUCGCGCUGGAGUCCAGUAACGUUAACUUUCAACUGGCGACGGCGAUUCAGCCGCAACCAGUCAGUAUCGUGCAGAACGCGUCGCAGCAGCUGCAGAGCGUCGCCAAACAGGUCGCGCUGCAGCAGUCGCAGAACGGAGCCCACACGACCGCACAGAAGGCAGCUGAGCCCAUCCAAAUUCAAGUUCAGGCACCUCUGAAGCAAGACAAUAAACUACGGCAGACAACUCCAAUAACAAUUUUACAGCCACAGAAUCGGUCAGCCAGUCAGCCGCUGGUGAAGGUUUCAACUGUAGGAACAUUAAGCAGCCCACAGAUCAUCCACAUCACCCCUGUGCCUGGACAGCAGCAAUAUUUCUUACAAAACCCAAGCGAUCCUCCUAUUCAGCUUCUCCUUCAGAAACCAGCUCCUGUUGUUAGCACCAUUUCUGUCCCCAUUAGCAAAGUACACGUCCCUGCACCUGCCACAGUCAAGAGUCCACCAGCCAAGCCAGUAGUUCCUACCCCAAAGAUCCUAGUGCCGUCUCCGAAAGUUUCAUCUCCUCCAGCCAAGGUAACAAUUCCUUCCAAAGUCAUUACUGUAGAAACAAAAACUGCAACUUCAGCCAUUGGAAAGGACACACAGAAAGUAAAAAAUCGUCAGAAGAAGCCUCAGAAAACCCAGACCCGCUCUGGUCGGGUGUCCAGACCACCUAAGCACAAGGUGAAAGACUACAAGUUUAUCAAGAACGAGGACUUGGCAGAAAGCCACCAGUCAGAUUCAGAUGACUACUCUGAGAUAAGUGUGGAGGAUGAGGAUGGAGACGAGAAAAAGAAGAAGUCCUCAGAUGUGACAAUCAACCUCCGUGACAAAGCCUUUAAAUGUGAUACCUGUGAGAAAGCGUACAUCGGCGUUGCCGGUUUGAACAGACACUAUAAGCUAAAUCCCACACAUGACAAGAACCCGACGCCACCUCAAGCAGAAGACCUCUCCAAAACUAGAGAUGAACAGCCUACAGGAACAGAAGUCACAGAUACUAGUCAAGUGAAAACACUCAGUACUCAAAAAGUUCAAGAAAUUGGGAAAGUAGAACCUAGGAGACCUGGGCGGCCCAGAGGACCAGGACGGCCUGGUCAUCCUAGGAGGCCUGGGCGGCCACCUAAAAGAGGGCGGCCAGGACGGCCACCCAAGUACCCCAGAGGAAUUAGCUUGGAGCAGCAAGCUCAAAGACAGAGGAAUCGACUAAAAGAAUUUAUUAAACAGUAUGAUGACGAAGAUCUCAUGGAGAUCGUUCUUCCACGUCUGGCCAGAGUCAUGACUGUAUGGGAGUUUGUGCUGAUGAAGGUGGAAAAGGGCUACCCGUCAAAGCAGCAGUUCCCGAGCGUGUACCAUGAAUUUGAACAACUACACAGCCAGGUGAAGAAGAUGGCCCUGGAAUAUUUGCACACUUCACCAGCCUCCCGGCCAGCUAUAGAGGUCAACAACAUGGGAGUUUUACAAUCUCUGGGUAUAACCGAUCCCAAUGCACUAAAACUCCUGACUUCCUCUGAAGGACAACAAUGUCAAAAGACAAAUCAGGCCACAAAGAGCCUACGGAGUAUUGAGAAUGCCAAAAUGCUGCCUCCUGCAAAAAGGUUUAAAAUAGAAAACCGCAAUGAAGAAACCAACGGCUAUCAAGUUAAUCAAAACGGCAUCCAGAAGGACGAGAGUAUUGAUGGCUCUAUUCUACGUAAGCCUCAGGUGGUGCUAACCAGACUGGAGAACUUGACUUCUGUAGAUCUAACCACCGACGAUGCUACACAGAGUGCUGAAAACGCCAUCCCGGAGAGGACAGAGGAAGAGCCCAUGGAGAUGGAAAUGCCUUCUUCGGAUUCUGAUGCCACAAAAACCACAGAAGAUCCAGAGAUCUCCAAGGUUCUGAACAGUAGCAUCAUCGUUGAUAUCGCGGAUCAGAUGAAACAGCUGGAACAAGCUCUAAACACAGACUCGGAGAUUAAGAACUCAGAAGAAGCCGCUCAACAAGCGGUUCAAGAUUGCCAGACCGAUGCUCUCGAAGAUCCCGAGGCCAGUCAGGUGGUGCAGCAAGAAUCUUCAGUCAUUUUCCAGACAGCAGAGGGGCUUGUGAUGCAGAGCGCAGAGGAGUUAGCCGCCAAAGGCAUUGUCAUUGUCAACGGGCCCGAUGGCACCAUGAUGCACAUCGAGGCACCUGAAGGUGUUCCUUUAGAGACCGUUCAUGCCCUGCUGGGCAUUGAAACCGAAAGAAAGACUUAAUGGAGUCACAUAUUCACAUCCUGUUUUUGUCCAUUAUUCACACCAUACAUACGUUCUGUCUGAGAGAUGGUGUUUUUUCAAUGA